GGCCACUUUGCCUGCUACUGCCUGACCUGGCUAGUCCAUCGGUGCUUUCUCCCCACAAGCAAUAGGGGCUGAGUGGCACUGCUGUAGUAUUGGAAGUCGUUUCUUCUUCCUCUUCUCCUAACCCUUCUCUUUCUUCUCCUUCUUCUUCUUUCCCCCCCAUCUUUCCACGUUCUCUCGCGAGACGAUAUAUCCCAGGAGGGCAGAAACCACGUGAUGCUUCUUUUGUAUAACCAACAAUAGUAGAUAUGGGGAAGAUACUUGCUGAUUCUUCUCACUGUCAAAAUAAGAUGCAGAUUGGAUUUCUUUCGUCAUGUACAGAGACCAAAGGUCAGUUCUCUCUCCAUAAUUCCAUCUCCCAGAUCUGCAAUUAGAUUAUUAGCAUCUUCUCUCCCAUCUUUCAUCUGGGAUUCCACAGAAUGUAAAGAAAGGGAAUGAGGUGAUUGCAGUGGACUGGAAGGGCCUGAAGGAUGUCGACCAGAUCCACAUGGACAGCACCAGCUCGCUGCAUGGGAGCACCCUCCAUCGGCCAUCCACCGAGCAAACCCGGACUGACUUCUCCUGGGACGGCAUCAAUCUCUCCAUGGAGGACACCACUUCCAUUCUUCCGAAGCUUAAGCGAAACUCUAACGCCUACGGCAUUGGGGCCCUGGCAAAGUCAUCCUUCUCAGGGAUUUCUCGCAGCAUGAAGGACCAUGUGACGAAGCCCACAGCCAUGGGGCAAGGCCGGGUGGCCCACAUGAUUGAGUGGCAGGGCUGGGGGAAGGCGCCAGCCAUUCAGCCGCAACAUAGCCACGAGGCAGUGCGCAGGGAUACCGACGCCUACUCGGACCUCAGCGAUGGCGAGAAGGAGGCACGUUUCCUAGCAGGUGUCAUGGAGCAGUUUGCCAUCUCCGAGGCCACACUCAUGGCCUGGUCUUCCAUGGACGGGGAGGACAUGAGUGUCAACUCCACCCAGGAGCCACUGGGCUGCAACUACAGUGACAACUACCAGGAGCUGAUGGAGAGUCAAGAUGCCCUUGCUCAAGCCCCCAUGGAUGGAUGGCCUCACUCCUAUGUGUCCCAGGGCAUGUACUGUCUGGGGUCGUCGGAUGCCUGGGAAGCCAGCGACCAGUCCCUCAUUGCCUCUCCGGCCACAGGAUCCUAUCUUGGCCCUGCAUUUGAUGACUCACAGCCCAGCUUGCAUGAAAUGGGGCCGUCCCAGCCUGCUUGCGGAUACUCUGCUCAGGAGCCUCCACCUUUGCUGGGGUCAGACACGGACUGGGCUCCGGAGGUGGGGGCAGUGGACCUGGCAAGGGGCCCUGCUGAGGAGGAGAAGAGGCCACUGGCCCCCGAGGAGGAAGACGAUGCAGGAUGCCGGGACCUGGAGUCACUUUCCCCACGAGAAGAUCCUGAGAUGUCCACUGCUCUCAGCCGGAAAGUGUCUGAUGUCACAUCCUCAGGUGUGCAAUCCUUCGAUGAGGAGGAGGGCGAGGCUAACAACUAGCUUCCUCCCACUCCGUGCCCAGCCUUCCAUUCCCACCUGAGGGGCAUGGCUGCAACAAUACCCUCCCUCCCCCCAGCAGUACAGCUGAAACCCGGGCAGAAGACCAUGAGGGACCCAGGAGUUGCCAGUCCCCGCCAGGAAAAUGGGGAGCCAGGAUGGGAAUUUAACCAGGUUUAUACUGUAAAAACCCCAGGUCCGGGAACUGAGGCCCAGACAACCGGGUGGCUGUGAACUUUGCUUGGCUGCAGGCUUCCGGGUCUGUCUGAAGCUCCAGUGUUUCUCCUGUGGACAGGAGCACAGAGCAGCGUGUGGCCGUCGACUGGACCUUAGUUCUUCACUCUCUGAUUCGUCUUCCAGGCGCCUUGACUGUGGCUGUGGGAAUGUCUCCUUUCUCCGUGUCACUCCCGCUUUUCCCGACUCUGUGUUUUCUCUGGCUGUGGCCCCAACUCAUCCCCACUAUGAGGAACAGACCUCAGGGGCUAUUGGUAUGGCUCGACGGGCGCAGGGGAAGCCACCUAAAGUCAUGUGAGCUCAGCGAGAAGUUGGCUUCUGAGAUCAGGAGUCAUGGGGGAGGUGGAUGUGGCAGCUGGGAUGCACAGGGACACAAACGUGAUUCUUUAGACCCGGGCCUGCUCAGAGAUCAGAAAGUCACUGAUGAGACCCAGAACAAACAUGGCCGCCUGUUCCGAGAUUUUGACUAUUCCCUUGUCCGGAAGGAGGAUCCAGGGAUCUGGGAAAGGGCCCAGCCGGGGCUGGCUGCCCCAGCUCUUGCUUCCCUUUUCUGCCUUCUUCUGUCUCCUGCUCUGGGAGCCCUGGCCCUGAGGGGGUGACACAGAAUGUAGGUGUCCUGGCCAAAUGGGGAAGCAUGAGGGCUGUGUCUCCCUCCAUCCACCCUCUAAUUCUCUGGAGCUGUUUACACUUUUCUCUUUGCCUUUUCUACAUUUUUAUAACUUCUUGGGGACUCAGGGUUGAGCGGGGUGGAGGGAGGAGUCCGGUGCUGUCAGGCCCCGGCCAGGGUGGGCUGUUUGCUGAGGGGCAGUGUGGGCACUCGGUUCCUUUGCCUCUUCUUCAUCUCCUCCCAAGACUCCAAAGAGGGCCUCCCAGGUGGUCUCCCUCCCUCCCCGGGCCUCCUGUGGAGGAAGAGAGGAGAAUCAGCGUAUUCUUCCUUCCAGCAGAGGUUACGGUGAGGCGAGGCGUACGCCUCUGAAACGGCCUGCCCUCUCACGCCCCGUUUCCGCUGUGGUGGGGACUUCCGCGUAGCACUUCUGGGACAGAUCCUGACAGGAGGGGACGGGGGAGAGCGAGCGACACCACCACUGCAGAGCUGGCUGCCGCACUGCCCCUUCCCAGUGCCGGGGCACAGGGAGACGGGGUAGAAGAGAGAAUCUCAGAGCUUCAUUGUUGCCUUCCCUCCUUCCUUGUGCCCGACUAAGGCUCCAGCUCCAAGGCCUUGUGUCCUACCCACACUUCAGGGCUCCCUCCUAUCACUUUACCCUCUGCCGGGAAGGGAGCACUGUCACCCUCUCCCAGACCCUGGACAGAAUUGUCCACCCCACCCCAUGCCCCAGACCUAUUUUUCUGGAAUGAGGAGGUUGAGAGUUGGGGUGUUUCUGUCCAUCUAUGACCGCCCCCCCCCAACCGAGUUCACACUUUCAUUCACAUGUGCUCCUGCACUGCAGCUGAGGCCAGGGUCCCGUGUCCUCCAGAGGAGGGGGACAAUGGCUUUCCUGGGGUUGGUCCUUGGAGGACUCAGGAGUGGGCAUGGUGAGCAUGGGUAGGCGAAGUCACCUUAUCCACAGCCAUCUCAACAGAGGACCUCUGUCGUGUUUGGUGACGUGACCUGACUCAGGAGGCAGCAGGACCUUGCAGCGAGCAGCUGUGGGAGGUGGCCCAGCAUGCCCUCGCUGGCUGCUGGCCCUCACUCGAGACUCCUGCCCGCCUGCCAUGGGACCUUGGGCUUUUGCAUGUUCACAGUUCUGUUUCCUCGCCUCGUGCCACCUGCUGUCUCAAUGCACCAUCUUUUUGCUCUUAGUCCCCCCCCCCCCCUUCUUGCCUGCGCUCUGCCCCCAGACCACGGUGGACACACAAUCCAGCGGGUUCAUUCGUUACAGUUCAUUCUUGCUCAGGGCCUGUGGAGUUGGGAAAGGUGGACCAAAGCAGCCAGCAUUCUUGCCUCCCUCCCUCCCUCCCUCCCCGGAGGAAACCAAAGGGUCCCGCAACAGUGGCUGAAACUGUGAGGGCAUCUAGGAGACUUUAUACAUGGAGGGGACUCGCAGACCAGAGGUCAGGUGGGGGCCUGCAUUUUCCACUCUGAAGAGGGAGAAGAGCCAAGGAGCUGGCCUGGGACCCUCUUAGGACUCUUCUGGAGGGAGCAGCUGCCUCUCUGGUGCUGGGGGCGGGGUGCAUGGGGUUUGCUUAUAGCCUAUUCUAGGGGGAGGGGAGGGGCAUGUGCAGGAAGAGGCUGUCAGGGGUGGGGUAGGGGAGGGUUGCUUUUCCUUUGGGGUUAAAGGCUGUGCAGCACGUUUUCCAACAGUCCCGGAACAGGGCUGUUUUUAUACUCUUGUGAAUGAAACUGCUCUUGCUAAAUGAUUUUCCUUUGGUUGGGGGGGUGGGGGGGUGUACUUUCAUUUUCAAAUCACUUUAUUAAAGAAAAAUCCAAAUCUCCCAUUCUUCCCCUUCCCCUGCCCCACCUUCCCCCACGCCUACCUUCUUACCCUUGUGCUGAGCGGGUGGGGGCUCUUGGUGAAUGAGUGUAUGACCUUCUCUUUGCCCCCGCCUCCACAUCCCCUACUGUCUUCCAGGUCUGGGAAAUAUCCAUUUUUAUGGCCAGUCUUAGCAUGUUUUCUUAAUGUGACAUUCCCACCCCAGGCCCAAGAGAGAUUCUAUGACAUAUAUUACAGAGAGAAUUAUAUAUAAAUAUAUAUAAAUAUUAUAGAUUAUAUACACAUGGGCACGGGCUCCAAUGCCCACUGCCAGCCCCCCUGCCCAGGCUGCACCCUCUCUGGGCCUGGGGGGGGUGGAAGGGACAUCCUGUUGGAGAGGGCUACAGGCUGUGUUCAAUGGCACUAAACAGAAUGUGGUGGCACCUCUGACUAUGAGUGUCUUCUUUGGGGGAUGAUGGAGAGUGGGCACAGGGGAGGGGAAGGAGGAGAAUGUCGGAAAGGGGGUACAGCUGCAGAACUAGAUGGGGACCAAAAGAAGGCAGGGAGGGAAGAGGCCUUGGGUGUGGAAGCGAGGGCUGCUGGAGGCUCCGAGCACCCAGGACCGCUUCGCAGGAAAGACGGGCUUACCGGCACGGCCCCCUGUGGCUGAUGUGGGGAGGAUAAGGCUCUGACUUCAAACAUCAAAGAGGUCUGCCAUCUUGACACUGAACCCCCAUCUCCCCACCACCUCUAGAAGAGGAACACAAAGAACUAGUCUCAGAAGGGCUGGUGUCUGAGUGCCCCAGGGACCUGGCUGCCCUGAGCCUUGGUUCUUGGCAGGAGAAGCCACAACCACAGCAGCUGGAGGGCACAGUGGACCCCCGGGCAGGAGAGGUCAGUGAGGACAGGGGGGGAGCGGGGUGUCGUUCCCAGGGGGUGACCUGGAAACUGGAGCGUGAGGAAGCUGGUUGGUGUGAGACAGGACGGAUUUGUGCCUGAAGGAGGCCUGCGCGGUCGGCAGCAAGACACCUGCUCUCUGCACAGAGCUGCUCCUCCUUUAUCCACAGCGCACUGCUUACAUCCGGGGCGAGGAGGGGGCGGCGAUGGGCCUGGCCGUUCACUGCUCUAGUGAGGGCCCUUGCCCCCAGGUAGUGGGAGCCAGGAUGGAGUGGGGAGGCAAAUUCCAGGGAGCGGAUGUGAGCAAGCAGGGGAGCGGGGUGGGGGGCUGUGAGAGAGCGGUGUGAAUGAUGUGCCAGCGUAUUCCGGGCUGUCACUCUGUGAGGCCACGAGGUGCUGCCCUCUCCUCUGAAGGUCACAGCCAUUGUGGGCCUCCCCCUGUGGAGCCUGGCAGACACAGGGGCAAAGCCGGGGAGGUGUUGGGACAAGACACCAGGGGACUGCAGGGGACUGAGGGGAGGCCGAGAGAGGCAGGGUAUUUCCCACCCACGCACCAGGACGGCUCAGGACGCCCCAUGGAAUAUCAGGUCCUUCACCGGGGUUAGAACCCCCUGCCUGUCUGGACAGAGCCUAAAUGGCUGACCGAGGCUACUCUCUCUGCCCAAAUUGCAACCCUCUUCUAAGACUAUCACUAUCCCAUUUUAAAAUUCCCAGGAGGCGCCAGGAUGUUGGUGUGAUCUCUCCAACUUCAGGACACGCCCCCC